CCCGAAUAAUACAUUUUCAAAUCUCUGGGGGCUAAUUCGUAAUCCCAUUUUUCCACCUGACCCCUUCUUCCCACGAACCAACUUCAUUUGGUCGUCAACUUAGCUGCUCAUAUACGCCGGUGGUAGAAUUUGGGGGUUUAGGCCUUAGGGUUUUCACGAAUUGAUGGCUUCGAGUUCAGACGCCGAAGAAGCCAGCGGAGAGCAUCUUCAUCUUCCAUCGCCGUCCGCUGCGGAGGCUCUCUUCAACCGCGACAUUCUUCCGGAGGAAAUAACCUUGACACUCCUAUCCAAAUUCUAAUGGCAGGUUCUCCUACGGCUGGACGUGAAAACUGUGUGCAAGUGUCAAUCCGUUUGCAAGUCCUGGAAGGAUGCCAUCGCCAACCCUUCUUUUGUCAACAUGCACCGCGAUCGAUCCAGCCAGAGGGAAUCCCUCCUCUUGACGGAGCUUGACCAAUUUUAUUUUACCUUCUCAAGAGUUGACUAUAAGGAGUUGAAUCUGGAUGGAGCUGAAGUAGAAUUGAAGCAUGUCUCCAGUAUUUCUGUUGAAGGCAUUGCUAUUGGGUAUCUUGGCUACCAUGCUUAUGCUGGUGAUCUAGUGUGUCUUGUAAGUGAACCUGAGGUGUUCCAUUUGUGCAACCCCCAGACAGGUCAGUCUCGUGCCCUGUAUGAGCCAUUUGAGUCGUAUCUCCACUGUGAAGGAAACUUGAAUAUAGGAUUUGUAUUUGGAUAUAUGAGUCCUAGAAGUGAGUAUGUAGUGGUGACUAUCAGUAGGUUUUGGAGUGAUAGUGACACUGACGAUGACGAUGAUGAUCGUGUUGCUUCAUUGUGGGCUAGCAAAUUUUGCUUUACCCAUGAUAGUAUCAACUCAGCAUGCUGGAAAGAGAUUGAGGAGAACUGUCCUUGUGCAGUUGAACAGUUUGGGGUUGUGGUUGGUAAUUCUUCGUAUUGGGUGGCUGCUGAGAAGGAUGUAUACUCUGUUACCCCUAUUGUUACUCUGGAUCUUGUGGAGGACAAAUUUCAGCUCAUUGCUGGCCCCCAAGGCUGGAAUCCAAAAUUGUUGCCUGGUUUGAUUGGUCUGAAAGAAAAGCUGUACGUGAUUGACAAUGACGCUUCGAAUUCUGGUGUAUUAGUAAUUUGGGGGCUGAACAAAUCCAAUGAACCAUAUUGGGUGAAAGAUUAUGAAGUCAAACUGGAUUUCCCGGCUGCGACUUUACCUAGGACUUCAAGUAAAGGAGUGUUGAUAGUUGAACUCAUCCAUAUGGUCAGAAAGUAUUAUAUUCUUGAUCCAGAGACGGGAAGUGUUAGACUUGUGUUUCAUGAGGAAUUCCCUUUUCGUUCCAGUUUGGGUUUCUAUUGGAGGAGUUUCUUUCCUUUGGGGAAGACCACAUCUUCCGUUGGUUUGGAUGAGCAAGAACACGAUUCAGAUCAAGAUGAUUAAUCGUACUGCACCAAAACAGAGUUCAGUGCUUUUAUCCAUUUUUCAUGUGAUGGUGUUAAUGUGAGAUUUAUUAGUAGCCUGUCUAAUCUCGGGAUACUAUAGAUAUAACUUUUUGCGUAAUUUAUGCAUAACGUGUUCGAUAUUCAGGAGAAAUUUCAGCUAAUGUAAAACUUCUCAAACAGACCCUUUGCCUUGGGUUAGGAAUUAUGUUCUACCAGCAUUUGUUAAAGGUAUAAAUGUCUCAUGGAUUAUGUCAUUAUUCUUUUUUGCUUUUAAGAUUUUUACAGGUUGCACAACUCAUCAUCAGCAAGAAUUCUUUUGGUUCUGAAGAUCUACUGAGAAUAUGUGGUGUGUAAACUAUAUGAAAUGUUUGCAAUUUCCUUUUUAGAUUGGUGAGAUGAUCAUCAUUGUUCGUUUGUUAAUAGUGCAACAAGAGAUGAAUUUAAGGAAAUCAAUCUCUGGAUGGAAAGGAGGAUGGAAUGAGUCUCUUUAUUUUGCCUUUAUGAGUUUUGACGACAUAACUGCAUAUGGAAACUUGUGGUUCCGAUCUAAAAGUGUAUUGAAUGUAAGCCUGACCAGUUCCGCUUGUGAAACCCCUAACAUCAAAUCUCCCCUGUAAGUUGGGUUGCGCCGUUGAAUAUAGGAUUCGCGUUUACCUUGUAAGCAUGAGCACGCAGCGGUGAUUAUUCCUGAUUAAGAACAAUGAUGGUGGUGUUAGAAUAUCGCUACGAGCUUGCAAAUUCUGCUACCAUGACUCUGAUAGUAUUGACUCUGCAUUUUUCGAUGCGCAUUAUCCAUUCAAAAGUUGAGGAUUUUGGUUUCUGAACUAAAUUUUCUGGUGGAAGAGCUGAAAUGUGGAUGCUACAGCUACACCACACAUGAACGUAAUUA